AUGAUCUUUGGAAUGAAAAAUCUUGCCACAAAUGAUCCAGUUUGGGAAGUCACUUGCUUUCAAGAACGUGUUGCCAAACUUGAACAUGUGGCUUGUUGCUUGAAAGGCCGGCCCAAUCCUAAACAGCAAUCCACAGGUGGAAGUGGUCCUAGAGAUCAGACUUUCAAUCUGGGUAGUCCAAGGGGUGCCUUGGAAAGCCCCACAUAUGCUUGCCCGCACUUGCUAUCUGUCAGCAGCGUGCCAUGGAGUCCAACACCAACUGAAAUUCAACUAUGCUUGAUAUUGCACAGGGGGAGUGUUGUCCAAAACCAAUAG